UUGCUCAGUUGCCCAUGCUGAAAAUUAUAGAAUUGCUUUUUUAAUAUGUUGGGAUGACUUCACAAAUCCAUCUUGGAUCAUCAAAUCCAUUUUAUGAUCUGCACCAGAAACGACCUGUUAGCAUUACUGCGCUCCCAUUUAAGUCUUUGCCAAGAUCAAGAAAAAAAUUAUAAAGUAGGUGGGAAUGGAAGUAUGAAUAGGAGAAUUCUCAAGCCUCCCGGUAAGUAUUGAAGUAAAUUCCACACGAAGUAGAAGUUGUUUGUUCCAGAUAGUAUAUAAUAGAAGGGCCGGUGCCCUUGUUUCAGAGGAAAAAGGAAGAGCCUUGACCUUCUGCUGCAGUUGGCAAUUAUUCUUGAAUCAGGUUUCACAGCCCGAUCAGCAUGGACACACAAACUGCAGCAUGGUAUUCUGACAUGGGAAUGGAAGGCAGCUUCUUUGAUCAUUGGAGAGUGAUAGAUCAGCUCACAGCUGACGAAAUUGCAGCAGCUCUAGGGCAGGACUUCCAACAGUCCAUCUCCUCAGAGAGCUACAACUCAUUUACCGCUGACCAAGCUCCGAUCAGCACCGAGAGUCCCAAGAAAGCUCUCAAGACCACUAGCUUGAGUUCUUGCACCACAGAGCAGAACUCAUCCCCUAGCAUCCUCACCUUCGGCAACCCAGAAUCGCCCUGCGAACAGAAGAACCUUUAUGGGAGCCUUGUGGGAGUGGUGAAGCCAAAGAAGGAGGUGGUUGCUAUGGUUGGAUCCAAGAGGAGUUACGAUGCCAUGGUUGGGCAAGCGAGCAAGGGUUCCCAUGUCAGGAGUAGAUCAACCUAUGACAAUAAGGAACACAUUAUUGCUGAAAGGAAGAGAAGGGAGAAGCUCAGCCAGAGGUUCAUAGCUUUGUCUGCAAUUGUGCCAGGCCUAAAGAAGAUGGACAAGGCUUCUGUUCUUGGCGAUGCAAUCAAGUAUCUGAAACAACUGGAAGAAAAGGUGAAGGUCCUGGAAGAGCAAUCGGCAAGGAGAACAGUUGAGUCUGCAGUCCUCGUGAAAAAAUCUCAGCUCUGUGCAGAUGAUGUCAGCUCCUCCUGCGAUGAGAACUUUGUUGGGCAACAGGAACUCGGUGAGUCUCUCCCAGAGAUCGAAGCAAAGAUGUCUGAAAAGUCCAUCCUCAUCAAAAUUCACUGCGAGAAUGGCAAAGGCGUGCUCGUGAAGGCACUCUCUGAGGUCGAGAAGUUCCACCUCUCUGUCCUCAGCACCAGUGUGAUUCCGUUUGUUGGUUCUUCCCUUGAUAUCACUAUAAUGGCUCAGACUGAAGAAGGAUUUGAUAUGACAGUAAAUGAUCUAGUGAAGAAGCUGGGUGCUGCUUUCAGGAAGAAUACAUGAAAAAAAUGACAAACUCUUUUAUAUUCUGAAUUAGGUUCGUUAGUCUUUUUAAAGCUCUUUCUUCAAACAAGGGCAUCCCCUCGUUUACCUCAAAGAUCACCACUUUUGUUGCCUGAGCUUUUCUGGUUUCAUCUGUUUCCCCUCCCCUGUUUUUUACCGUCUUGUCCAAUUUUUGCAUGAUCAAUUUUGUUGACCAUGUUUGUGAGGGACAAGACAUACCAAUUGCUUGUAUAAUUCUACCUCACUCCAUGUUUUCUACCAUCUUUUUGAGGGCUUCCUCGGGGAGUUUGAUUUUGCUAAAAUACAACUCUUCUUUCUCCCCUUUCAAUUAGCCCUUUGCUUGAUGUGGUUGACUUUACCAAGAACUACUUGUUUCCUAUCUUCUUAUCAUCUUUGUUUCCAAAAAGCUUCCAUGUGGAAAAAAAGUUGGUGAUUACUUGGGGUUGUUCCUUGUUUAGGAAAAAAAGGGUGGUUCUUUUUCUAGGAUCUCGUAUCCUAUUUGCAUCUUUUCUGUGUGUAAGCAGCAGCAAUGUAUUUGUGAUAGUUCACGAUUUGAGCAAUAAAGUAAGUUCUUGUUUCUGAGAAA